AUGCCGCUCAAAGUCCACCACCACGUCUCUUCGGAGAUGGGCCUCUUCAGCGUUACGACACUGGUAGAGGGAACACAGGCUUGCAUCCUCAUCGACCCUCCGUUCCUGAUACCAGACGCAGAGAGCGUGAUUGAGUUCAUCAAGUCGAAGACCAGCAAACCUCUCGUCGCCGGUAUAAAUCGGGAAUACGACGAGAAGGUGAAGUACUGGCCAAGCGUGUUCGGAAAGGAAAACGUGCCAAGUGAUCCUUCGCCAAGGAAGCCAGAGUUACCCACAGAACGAACCAUUAUCACUGGAGAUGCUGUGUACGCUCGUUCUGUUCAUGCUUGGGUCGAGGAAAUCGAGACUUACGAUGUCCUGCAUGCAUGGCGGCUUACUUUAAAGCUUAUCGGCUCACUGAACCCCACAACCAUUAUUCCUGGUCAUAUUGAGCGAGGUUGGGAACCAGAUGCAAAGAAAGACUUAGAAUACAUGCACAAAUAUCUGGAUCUCUUCGAGCAGAAGAUUGCUAAACCAGUCUUCGUGGAAGGCAAGAAGAAGCCAGAAGUGGAUGAUUUGUAUCAAACGUUCAAAAAGGCUUUCCCGGAUUGCGAAAAGAACCUAGAUUUCUUCCUAGGAAAGAUGAGUAAUGCUUUCGGCGAAGGCGGUGAAAUCUGGGAGGAGAACUGUCGACAUCCCACCAAGGAUAGAUCAAAAGCAGUGCUGGAAGGCUUCAUGCUGGAAAUACCCAAGACACAUUGA